AAUACUCAAAAUAGAAAACACGCAAAAAUAAACAAAACCCGAAAAAAAAACAUAAAUAGGUAAAGAAGUUUGCUUCGGGGCGAUUCGAAGGCAUAGAUGGAGAAUCUCGGCUCCUCCUUUGUCCCAAGGAUCCUUCUCUCCUACUGUGUAAUCUAGGGUUCGAUUGAAUAUUCGGCGUAGAAUCCCCAAAGUUUGUUUGAUCUCUGGAGCUUAUAGAUUGAUGAGUUUGUAGAGAAAGAGGUCGGAAUAGCUUUUGACGGAUUCGGAAGGAAAUUGAGGAGGGUAUGCAACAGAUAGAGUUCUGGGCUGCACUUUACAUUCUAUGAUCCUUUGCAUUUGGGCUUGGGUUGGAAGAAGACAUAAAUGGUUCAAAGGUAUGGAGUGUGUUGAUGAGCAAGGAAUAUCAUGUUGCAGUGCCUAGAGGCGUUCAAGCAUUUAUUUGCUUUACUGUUAAAGUGCUGUGAUAUUGAUUUGUACAAGCAGACAAAAGGACUUCAGGAUCCUGAACGUUUAGCCAGGGAAACAGUGUUCAGUGUAAGUGAAAUAGAAGCAUUAUACGAGCUUUUUAAAAAGAUCAGUAGUGCUGUGAUUGAUGACGGGCUGAUCAACAAGGAGGAAUUCCAAUUGGCUUUAUUCAAGACUAACAAGAAGGAGAGCUUAUUUGCUGACCGGGUAUUUGACUUGUUUGACACAAAUCACAAUGGAAUUCUAGGAUUUGAAGAGUUUGCACGUGCUCUCUCGGUCUUCCAUCCAAAUGCUCCAAUUGAUGAUAAAAUUGAAUUUUCUUUCAAGCUGUAUGAUCUCAAGCAGCAAGGUUUUAUUGAAAGGCAAGAGGUAAAGCAAAUGGUAGUGGCUACACUUUCCGAGUCUGGCAUGAAUCUGUCAGAUGAUGUCAUAGAAAGUAUCAUUGAUAAGACAUUUGAGGAAGCUGAUACAAAGCAAGAUGGAAAGAUUGACAAGGAAGAGUGGCGCAGUCUUGUCCUGCGACAUCCCUCUCUCUUGAAGAAUAUGACCCUCCAAUACCUCAAGGACAUCACAACUACAUUCCCGAGCUUUGUGUUUCACUCUCAAGUCAACGAUACAUGAGCUGCUUGAUUUAGCUUAGCUCCAAUUUGGAGUCCGUUGUAAUGUUUUGUACAAAAUUACUGGAUUUCGAUGGUGUGUUCAUUGUAAAAUACUCAGGAGAAUAUAUUAUUUGUUGGUAUUGUUGGUUUCAAAUAUUAAUGUCGGCAUCAAGUUUCUUUGUUCAA